UUGGACCGUUGGGACUUCCGUGACCAGCAAGAGCUCCGAAGUGAGAAACGAAGGGAUAACGGUCUGUCUGUGACUAGAGGGUUUGCGUUAAAUCCCCGUGGCGGGGUCCAGGGAGAUGGUGGGGCGGCCUCGGUGCCUCCGAGCCCGGAAGUCUCUGCUCUCUGCGGGGCGGAUCUGGAAGCGAAGCCCUAAGGGGCGGGACUUCCGCCAGAGACGCGCUGCUACCCGGAAUGGUUUUCCCAGGGAAUGCAGUGUAUGCAGUGUCCCAUGCCUUGAAAUGGGAUCUAAAGAAGACAGAAACAUGGACUGGCUUCUUCCAUACCAGUAUUAUGCUUUCUGUGGUACACAUGUGCGGAUAUCCAAGACUGCAUUGACCUACAAUGAUGUGCAUGUGAACUUUACUCACGAAGAGUGGGCUUUGCUGGAUCCUUUGCAGAAGAGCCUCUACAAAGAUGUGAUGCUGGAGACCUACAGAAAUCUCAUGGCUGUAGGCUGCAAUUGGGAAGAUCAUAAUGUUGAAGAGCAUUGUCAAAGUUCUAGAAGACAUGAAAGGUAA